UCUAUAUGGCCUCGCAUCAAUGUUUGCAGCUCACAUGAAUGAUCAUGGUUUAUGACAUAAAUGGAUUGUUUUGGAUCUAACCUUUUAUUUGUCGUGUUCUUUCCUUAACGAAAUGUCUGUAAUUGCGCAUUUCUUUUAGAUUUUUUUUUUUAUUUUUUUUUUAACAGAAACUAACUCUAGGCUACUGCAUACCCAGAUUUUAUCCAAGCUAAGAACAACAAAUAUAAGUGAAAAAUAUGGCCUGAAGUUACUGUAUAGGUAUUAGAUGAACUAUUUCCAUAGGGAAGUGGCUCUUUAAACCAUCUGUCGUGUGUUUUGGCCAGUUAAUAACAGGUUGUGUAUGCACCCCUGAUCCACAAUGAUCACCGAACCUGCUAGUUUGGAAAACCUUAAGGUUCUGUAUCAAAGUGAUGAUUACAUUGUGGUGGACAAGCACUGGGACAUCCGCAUAGACAGCAAAAUGUGGUAUGAGAAAGUUACAGUGCAGGCACAACUGAGACAACAUUUCCCUGAGCUGGCUGACCCCAACACCUACUAUGGAUUUAGAUUUUGCCAUCAGUUGGACUUCUCCACCAGUGGCGCUCUGUGUGUCGCCUUGAAUAAGGCUGCUGCUGGGCAGGCCUACCGCUGCUUCAAGGACCGAACUGUUACUAAAGUUUAUAUAGCUCUGUUGCGGGGUUGGGUUGAGGUGGAAACCCAAACUUUGGACUUUCCCAUUGGCAAGAAUUCUUCUGAGGGCAAAACUCAUAUGAUGUGUAUUGGAGGAACAGAAGGUUGUGAAAACCCAAAGCCUUGCCAGACUGAGCUGACCGUGUUACAGUAUGGAUUAUAUGAUGGAGAGCCUGCCACAAAAGUGCUCCUGAAGCCUCUGACGGGUCGGACACACCAGCUGCGGGUUCACUGUAGUGCCAUUGGGCAUCCCAUAGUUGGUGACUUUACCUACAGUCUUGGAUCAGAUAAUGCCCCAUACCGCAUGAUGCUGCACGCCUAUCUGCUGCGCAUUCCUCUGGGACCUCAGCCACUGCUCGUAUCGACUGAAGACCCUUUUACCCCUACUGUGGACCCCAAGUGGCACCCUCAGCGCUCUGUAAGGACACUUGAGGACACUGUUGCAGCUGUGCUGGAUCGCAGACUAGAGGAGGAAAGGAUGCUUGAAGAGGAGGAGCAACGUGCCUUACAAGAGAAGAACAAAAAGGCCAAUUUGAGAAAACAGGAGGAUGAAGAGGGUGAGGAGCAGACCAAACAGUGGCUUAGUGAGUGGGCCGGAGAUAUAUAAGGAUUGUGAAUCUGUUUAUUAUUGGUUUAUUUAUGGUUGGAACAGUGCAUGUUAAUAAACAUAACAACAUGAGAUACAUGCAUGUACACAUUCUGGCGUUGUCGUUCGUACACCAGCUUACUUCAACACUGCAGCUAAGGGGGUUGAAUUGUCUUGCCCAAGGACACAAUAGCAGUAUGGUACAGGUUAUGUUCUUUAUAUUUAUUAUGUAUUGUAAUAUUUUGUACAGACUCAAGGUAUGUAUGAUUCAUUUGUCAUCAUAAUAUAUAAAUGUUUGUUCGAAAUGCAAAUGCAGACAUUAAAUUAUGGCAAUGGCUGAAAAAAUGGCUAAAAUAAUGCCUGACUGCUUGACUAAAUAAGUGCUUGUGUAAAAUGUUUGAGACUUAAAA